AUGAGCAGUGCACAGUCGGUCAACGGUAUCACUGAAGAUAUGGAAAAGACAGAGGUCAAUGGCCCAAGGAAGACUCGGAGGGGAAUCCCUUUGGACAGGAAGCAGUCAACUCCUAUGAUGCCGCCGUUCAUGGUGUCUGCGCCUGGCAAAGUCAUCGUUUUUGGAGAACAUGCAGUAGUUUAUGGCAAGGCCGCCAUUGCAGCAGCCGUUUCUCUGCGAUCCUACCUCCUUGUCACAGCACUAUCGAAAUCAAAACGAACAAUAUCUCUCCGAUUCCCUGACAUAAAUCUUUCGCACACGUGGAAUCUCGAUGAUUUGCCAUGGAGCACCUUCUCCCAGCCGGGAAAGAAGAAGUACUACUACGAUCUUGUCACCUCUCUCGACCCUGAGCUAGUUGCUGCAAUGAAACCACAUCUGGCCGACGUCUCUUUAGAUCAGCCUGACGAUAUUCGUAAGGUUCACCAGAAUUCCGCUUCAUGCUUUUUAUAUCUUCUGUUGUCUCUUGGGUCGCAAUCUUUUCCAGGAUGUUUAUACACACUUCGCUCAACAAUUCCAAUCGCUGCCGGACUCGGGAGCAGUGCAUCUAUUUCUGUUUGCCUUGCUUCUGCGCUUCUCCUCCAAAUCCGGACACUCUCAGGGCCACAUCCAGAUCAGCCUUCCGAAGAAGCACGUCUUCAAAUCGAACGAAUAAACAGAUGGGCAUUUGUUGGCGAGAUGUGCAUACAUGGCAAUCCAUCAGGCGUUGAUAAUACGGUUGCAACGCAGGGAAAAGCUGUGGUCUUUCAGAGGACGGAUUAUUCAAAGCCACCCAGGGUGAAGUCACUAUGGAAUUUCCCUGAGCUCCCUCUCCUCCUCGUGGAUACCAGACAACCAAAAUCAACCGCGGCAGAGCUUGCAAAGGUGGCUGCGUUGAAAAAAGCACACCCACAGAUUACGGAGUCGAUCCUAAAUGCGAUAGACAAAGUCUCGGAGGGUGCCGCAGAGCUCAUUCGCCGGGACGAUUUUGAUAGUGAAGAAAUGGCAAGUUUAGAAGACUUGGGAAAACUGAUGACGAUCAAUCAUGGUCUUUUGGUUGCUUUGGGAGUGUCACAUCCUCGAUUGGAACGCAUACGGGAGCUUGUCGAUCAUGAAGGCAUUGGCUGGACGAAGCUCACUGGUGCAGGAGGCGGGGGUUGCGCUAUUACUCUUCUGAAGCCGGGUGUCUCGCAGGAGAGAUUGAAGCGUUUGGAGGAUACCCUUGACAGGGAAAACUACCGCAGAUUCGAAACCACUCUGGGUUGUGAUGGAGUUGGCAUUCUUUGGCCUGCAGUGCUUAAGAAUGGAACCGAAGAUGACAUGGGAGGAGAAGAAAUCGACCAAGAUAAGUUCUUGAACGCUAAUGGUAUUGAAGGCGUUGAAGAACUUGUUGGGGUUCAAGGGGAGGGUGGUGAUAGAGAAGCUUGGAAAUUUUGGAGAGUAGAGGAUUAG